AUGGACGGAGAAUUGGUACUUUUGAAGAUUAAGAGACCCCGAAGCUUGUUACGAAAAAUGGAAGUUAGAGUUAGACUCCAAGGGCUAGAAUUAGAGCAAAAUAUCUCCACUUCUGAUUCCGCGGUGUUAGGUGAAAAUGAAAUUAAAAGAAUACCAUCUGGUUUUGUUGCAGCACAUUCUGUUCAAUGUUUAUUCGGUACAAAAUUACGAUUGACAGAAUCAAGGACUUUGCUGUUUAUUAUCAAGAACUGCUUGCUUAGAUCUACAGUAGCGUAUGUUGACCUCAUCUGGGCUGGGAUGAGUAACUCGAAGAAACAUAAAAAAUAUAGAAAACGGCAGAAACGAUCUCGUUCUAAUAUGUCUACUCCAAAACUUAAAACAGCUAUUAUCACCGGAGCAAAUAGCGGUGUUGGUUUCGGUAUUGCACAGAGAUUGCUUGACCAUUCUGAGCGAAAUCCUGACGAGCCUAUUCGGAUUAUACUUGCUUGUCGGAACCAAGAAAGAGCAAUACGAGCUCGCGAUACUUUGUUAACAAAAUAUCCAAAUGGGGAUAUUGUGGUAACUCUCGUUGACACCAGCUCCGUGAGAUCUGUAUUUGAAUUUUGCAACGGUAUCAAGAAAAAAUAUAAGAAAAUCGAUCUCUUAUUUUGUAAUGCCGGUAUUCUCUCUUGUGACUUCAUCGACUGGAGUAUUGUUGCCAGACAAGUGUUUACCGACCAGAUAGCUUUACUGACCGAAACUCAGUGUAUCGUGCAACCAGUUGGAAAGCUUACGAGCGAAGAGAUUGGGGAGACAUUUGCGACCAAUUUAUUUGGUCAUUAUGUCAUGAUACGCGAACUUGUUGAUUUACUAGCAGUCUCGGGUGAGAGCAAAGUAAUUUGGACCAGUUCUCUUACAUGCAGGCGUAGUGACUAUGAUCCUAAAGAUUUUCAAGGAUGUCAGAGCAAAAGUCCCUAUGAAAGCUCAAAGUAUGCUAUUGAUAUAAUUGCUAUCGCGAUGAAUGAUUUUCUUAAUCGACGGAAUAUAAAAAGUUUCACCACACACCCUGGCGUCGUUGCUACAAAUAUUGUUAGAAGUCAUAUGCCAUGGAUAAUGGGAAAGGUCAUGGAGAAUUUGUUCUAUGUGGCACGUACAGUUGGUCUGAGCAUGACGACUGGUACUGGUUGGAAUGGGUCUUACGCUAAUUAUUAUGUUGCUGUAACACCUUCCGAUGAACUUGACGCUUCUGUAAAAUAUGGGAGUUUUAUUAAACCAUGGGGUACAGUGUACGUUCGGAAGGAUGAUGUCGAUAAAUACGACGAAGGUGAAGCAAAGUCGCUUUUGCAGAAUCUAAAUGAUCUUUUUGAGCGGUUUCAAAAGAAAAAAAAGGGGAUAGACUACAAUGCAAACGGUCACUAG